AUGGCAGGCUGGGGAGCGCCAGACUACAGCCCUGGCUUGCACGACGACUUCACGCUGGCUUCUACAUCGGCGGUCAAUGACGCGGAUGGUCCUGGUUCUGCUCUCACCAGUCCGAUCCAGGGCCACAAGAGAAAUGCGUCCUUUGCUGGCCUCGAGAGCUCGCCUGCCAGUACUGAGUCACCCGAUCAGAACGGCGAUGGGCAUCGCGAUUCACGGCGCAGGCCCGUGAAGAGGGCUUGCAAUGAAUGCCGACAGCAGAAGCUGCGCUGCGAUGUCGUCCAAGAGCCCUUUCAGACCUGCAGUCGCUGCAAGCGACUCUCGCUCGAUUGUAAGAUCGAAGAUAACUUCAAACGCGUUGGCAAGAGAUCGCGGAAUGCAGAGAUGGAGCGCGAGAUCAUUGAGCUUCGUAAACAGGUGGCGCGACAACGCUCGGGGGCUCUGGCCAAUGCUGCGCUACAGAACAACAACAUAAACUUUUCACAACCGGGGACUGGCUCCUUCACCCAGGACGCAGCUGCAGCAGGACUUUUAGACCUGCGAGGCGCUGCCUUCGAGAAGAGUCCAGGGCGGCCAAUAUCCAAGCGUCUGGAGGAGGUGACCUUGACUCUGGACCGAGUGCAGGAGAUCUUCCAACGCUUCUUCACCUUGCAUCAUCCCUUCCUACCCUUCCUCAACCCCGACCGAACCCCGGAGGAAUAUUUCUCGAGAUCCCCAUUGCUGUUCUGGACCAUCGUAACUGUAGGAUCUCGACACUAUACGGCCGACCCCGGGCUCUUCAAUGCUCUUACAGGGCCACUGACUCGGCUGCUAUGGUCGACGAUUGCUGAGGUUCCACAAAACUACCAUGUUGUUAAAGCGCUGGUGUUGCUGUGUGCGUGGCCUCUACCGACGAGCAGUACGUCUACAGACCCGACAUUUACGAUAUGCGGAAUCAUGAUGCAGAUAGCUCUGCAACUUGGCCUCCACCGGCCUACCCACACGCAGGACUUCAGCAAACUCCGAGUCGAACUCCGGGAGGUCGAGCUGCAGGACAGAGUCGUGGUGUGGAGCGUCUGUAAUAUCGUUGCUCAGAGAAUAUGCACGGCAUAUGGCCAGCCUCCGCUUACAAUUUACGACUGGACUCUAGGUCCCAAACCGAUCGAGACCAACCCGAACUACGAAUUGCCAGCACCAAUCCUCAACCGCCUGCUCAUUGAAAAGUUCGUCGACAAGGUUUCUAGGACGUUGUACAUGAAUCCACAUGAUCCAGUUGGACUGGCAACGGACCUGGAGCGGCCCACGUUUGUGUCCUUCUUGACGCAUGACCUGGGAGAGCUCGAAGAUAAGCUGCGCAAAGACAACUCUCCGAUCACGAAAAUCUACCUGAAAGCGGCUGCGCUGCACAUGAGGAUUAGUGCCUUUUUCUCCCCUCCAUCGCUUCCAUCAUACCGGGCAGACAUGCUGAAGUUAUACCACGCCACGACCGAGUUCCUGGAGACGUGUCUGAGCUUAGAGUCCAGUCUGAGCGUGAAUCUUCCGUCAUCCUACCAGCAUGGUCUUUCUUUAUCACACGCGACCAAUUACAUCUUUCACAUGAUGUUGGCGGCAGGCUUCUCCCUGCUGAAGCUAAUGCAUAAUUUCCUCAGCGAGCAUGAACUUGACAUCAAUGGUGCAUCUGGACUGCUUUCUAGGACAGUGUGGGCGUUGAGGAGUAUGAGUGUAGCUGAAAAUGACCUUGCCGAGAGACUGGCAGAAGUCCUGGCGCAGGUCUGGAAAAGCGGAAAAGUACGGGUGGAGCCGAAUCGCAUCAAUAUCGGUGAGGGCGACAUCGAUGACAGCCUUCAGCUCAAGGUCAAGUGCCGAAUGUCCAUGUCGCUGGUCUUUGACUCUGUGUGGCGCUGGCGCCGGAACUUCCACUUCAAAGGCGGAAAACCUUCUGACUUAAGGGACAGCAGCACCAAGCUUCAGCAAACCGACAACCAGAUUGUUGUUCCUGCUUCGGACGUUGACCCGGAUGGUACAGUGGGUGAUCCCAUGCUAUCGAGCUCUGCCAUUGUUCCAGGGAUGGCAGGGAUGGCAACGGGAAUGGUGGACGAUUUCAGCCUGGACUACGAUCAAGCCAGUUACGAUGUCUUCGAUCCGCUGAAUUGGAUGCUGGAUGGCAUCGUGGAAUUUCCUUACAACUUUACCAACGUGCAUUCUAACGACCUGUCAGGCGCGGAGUCGCUGGGAGGAGGCAUAUAG